AUGGGUAUAAAAAUGUUAACACUAGUUCUACGCUUAGAGAAUUUGUUCUGCGUAUUUCGUAACUACUAUUUCUUUACGAGAAAACACCGCAUCAUAACAAACAUAAGAUCGCUUUUGGAGAUAGCGUUCAUGCUUAUCUCUGUGUACUUACUGCUCUACUUGAGCCAGUUGACCAAACUGUCCUCGACCGUCACCUUCUCCUUGUCGAUCAUUAAUUCGUUAAUGACGAUGGUGUCUGCUAGAUGGUACGCGAGACCAUUCAAACGACUCUUAGACUACAUCAACAUUAACCACAAUUAUUUUUCUCAAGACAAAAUAUACUUGAAGGCCUUAGAAAAACAUUACACAAUGUUGAAAGUACUGGCGUUUUGCUAUGGAUUGAUAGGCGUGAGUCUUUUCGUUUUUCGAAGAUUGGAUUCAGAAGUCACCUUCGAAAGAUUUAUUAAAGGCCAAUAUGCUGUAUUCUUCACAAAUGUUAUAUUACUUAAUGCUAGAUAUUACAUAGAAUAUGUCGUAUUUUAUGCCGUCUUAGUAGUACUAACUGAACACGUUAGAUGUCUCUCGCGUCGUAUUCAAGAGGAUGUGGAAGUGUAUGAAAAAGACGAGGGUAGAAUUGAAGAACAUAGUAUGAGAAUGCAAAUGGAGAAGUUCGAGCAAUGGACGAAGAUUUACACUAAUGUAAAGGAGGGUUCUAAUUUGUUCAAUCACAUUUUUGGGGUUCAGGGUGCGUGCGGAACAACACCAACAAUAUUAUUCUACUCUCUGAAGUUUUUUCUUUAUAUCCUUGCUCUAUUCAUGUUGUCACGUAGUGCGUUCGAACUUCGGUCAUCUGCUGACUGGCUACGGCGAGAUCUUGUCAAACUAUUGAUAUAUUGUCCUAUAGACCAACCAUCGCACAGAGCCACUAAAGAUCUACUACGCCUUGUCGCGACUAGAACUCUGUGCACGCGCGCAUAUGGUUCGCUACCUAUAGACAUGACACUACUGCCAUCUAGUGUCAUGUUGUUCACUUCGUACACUGUCAUCGCAUUGCAGUUCAAUAACGUGGUUUAG